UUUAUUUUCAUUAAAAAAAAAGUGUAAAUUCACUUGGCCCUCCUCAACCGUCUCUUCUUCUUCUUCGUCUCUUUCGCUUCUGUCUGAAACCCUAGCUGCCAUCCCUGUUCUAUCUGAAAUACCUACUCAUCGAGCAGAACUCUGAAACCCUAUCCGCUAUCUCUGUUCUCUCAAUUUUUUAUUUUCUUUUGAUUUAGUCUUGAUAUGAAAAUAAAUUGUAUAUUACAUAUUUUUUCUUUAACUACUAUCAACAGUAGCCCAUCACUCUCUCCAGAUUAUAUACAAAUAGCUGCAAAAUCAAAGAAACUACAUUUUUUUCAAUCUCAAUUUCGAUAGAAAAAGGGUAUAUUUGUUUUUGUUUAAUUAACGGGUAGUUAAUCGGAUUUGGGUGGUGCUCUGGUAACUCUAAUUGAGUUCGGACUGGUUCGGGUAAUAGAUAUAGAUAUAUAAAUAGACUACAAUAGAUAGGUUCAUUGAUUGAAAUGGAGAAGAAGGUCGAUUUCAAAGUAUACAACACAUUGACUAAAAAUUUGGAGGAAUUUAAGCCUUUAAUCCCCGGCAAGGUUGGAAUGUACGUCUGUGGUGUCACUGCCUAUGAUUUUAGCCAUAUUGGUCAUGCACGCGCAGCUGUUGUCUUCGAUAUCCUUUUCAGAUAUCUACAGCACUUGGGUUAUGAAGUUACUUAUGUUCGAAAUUUUACUGAUAUUGAUGAUAAGAUAAUUUGUCGAGCCAAUGAUCUUGGUGAGGAUCCAUUAUCUUUAAGCAGCAGAUUUUGCGAUGAAUAUCUUGUUGACAUGGACAGUCUGCAGUGCCUCCGGCCUACACAUCAGCCUCGUGUGACUGAUCAUAUGGAACAGAUUAAGGACAUGAUCACACAGAUCAUAAAUAAUGGCUUUGCAUAUGUUGUUGAAGGAGAUGUUUUCUUUGCCGUUGAGACGUUCCCGAAUUAUGGUCAACUGUCUGGGCAGAAACUUGAAAAUACUAGAGCUGGUGAACGUGUUGCUGUUGACGAAAGAAAACGUAAUCCUGCUGAUUUUGCAUUAUGGAAGGCUGCAAAGCCUGGUGAGCCUAGUUGGGAGAGUCCAUGGGGUCCUGGCAGACCAGGAUGGCACAUAGAGUGCAGUGCAAUGAGUGCUCACUAUUUGACCUUUAAGUUUGACAUCCAUGGCGGUGGAAGUGAUUUAGCUUUUCCUCAUCAUGAAAAUGAGCUUACGCAGAGUGCUGCCGCAUGCCAAGAGUUCAAAGUGAGUCAUUGGAUGCAUAAUGGGCAUGUAACUAAUAACAAUGAGAAAAUGUCAAAGUCCUUGGGUAACUUUUUCACAAUACGUCAGGUUACUGACCGAUACCAUCCACUGGCUUUGAGACAUUUUUUGAUGAGUGCACAUUAUCGCUCUCCCCUCAAUUAUACUGUUCUGCAGCUGGAAAAUGCAUCUGACGCCAUCUUUUACAUUUGUCAGACGUUGCAAGAUUGUGAGGAGGCCUUGUCAUUGUUUGAAGAUGGAAGCCUGAAAGAGGGUGCAGGGCAGAAUGGCAAGGUGGUUGGAGUUACUGCUGAUGCCAAAAUAUGCAUCAGCAAACUACAUGAUGAGUUUGAGACUAAAAUGUCAGAUGAUUUAAGCACGUCUCAUUUGUUGACUGGUGCUUUCCAAGAUGCACUGAAGUUCAUAAACAGUUCUUUGAGCAUGCUAAAGAAGAAACAACAAAAGCAAAAACAGUUGUCAUUGGUUCAAUCCCUUACUGAAAUAGAGAAAGAAGUUAAGUUAGUCCUGGACAUUGUCGGACUGCUUCCUCCUUGCUCUUACGCUGAGGUUUUGAAGCAAUUAAAAGAAAAGGCAUUGAAGAGGGCUGAACUAACGGAGCAAGAAGUGGUGGCUCUUAUUGAGGAAAGAACAGCGGCAAGGAAAAACAAGGAUUUUUCAAGAAGUGAUCAGAUCAGGGCUGAAUUGACGGCAAAAGGAAUUGCACUCAUGGAUGUGGGCAAGGAAACAGUUUGGAGACCAUGUGUCCCUGUUGAACCAGAACAGGAGGCACCAUCUGUUGUACAAGUGCAAAACUCAUCACCACCACCUCUGUCUAGUUGAUUGAUAAGCUUUUUCGGGCCCCAACCUCUUGUUGUAGAAGAGGAAACCCCAAUUGCAAAAGAUGAUAGCUGUUACUGUUUUUAGCCUGCUAAAACCAGCAACUCAAGGAGAUUAACACAACUCAUUUUGAUUUAUACUCAUUAUAUUGUGACAAGACAGUAUGAAAUUCGUCAUAAAAUUAUGACGAUGCAAUACAGGAAUGUCGGUAACCAUUUUGUAAUCUCAUACAGUUUAAUGGGUUUUGACCUUUGAUUAUUUACCUAUGGUUUUAUGCAUGUUUAUUUCAGCUUA